AUGUACCACCAUGAAGCGAAUGGAGAGGCCCUAGACGAAGGGAAUGGAGAGGCCCUAGAUGAAGCGAAUGUGGAGGCCCUAGACGAAGGGAAUGGAGAGGCCCUAGAUGAAGCGAAUGUGGAGGCCCUAGACGAAGGGAAUGGAGAGGCCCCAGAUGAAGCGAAUGUGGAGGCCCUAGACGAAGGGAAUGGAGAGGCCCCAGAUGAAGCGAAUGUGGAGGCCCUAGACGAAGGGAAUGGAGAGGCCCCAGAUGAAGCGAAUGUGGAGGCCCUAGACGAAGGGAAUGUGGAGGCCCUAGACGAAGUGAAUGUGGAGGCCCUAGACGAAGGGAAUGGAGAGGCCCCAGAUGAAGCGAAUGUGGAGGCCCUAGACGAAGGGAAUGGAGAGGCCCCAGAUGAAGCGAAUGUGGAGGCCCUAGACGAAGGGAAUGGAGAGGUCCCAGAUGAAGCGAAUGUGGAGGCCCUAGACGAAGUGAAUGUGGAGGCCCUAGACGAAGUGAAUGUGGAGGCCCUAGACGAAGUGAAUGUGGAGGCCCUAGACGAAGGGAAUGGAGAGGCCCUAGACGAAGUGAAUGGGGAGGCCCCAGAUGAAGCGAAUGUGGAGGCCCUAGACGAAGGGAAUGGAGAGGCCCCAGAUGAAGCGAAUGUGGAGGCCCUAGACGAAGGGAAUGGAGAGGCCCCAGAUGAAGCGAAUGUGGAGGCCCUAGACGAAGGGAAUGGAGAGGCCCUAGACGAGGCGAAUGGGGAGGCUUUAGACGAAGUGAAUGGAGAGGCCUUAGACGAAGUGAAUGGAGAGGCCCUAGACGAAGUGAAUGUGGAGGCCCGAGACGAGGCGAAUGGGGAGGCCUUAGACGAAGUGAAUGGAGAGGCCUUAGACGAAGUGAAUGUGGAGGCCCUAUACGAGGCGAAUGGGGAGGCCCUAGACGAGGCGAAUGGGAAGGCCCUAGACGAGGCGAAUGGGGGGGCCCUAGACGAAGUGAAUGUGGAGGCCCUAGACGAAGGGAAUGGAGAGGCCCUAGACGAAGGGAAUGGAGAGGCCUUAGACGAAGUGAAUGUGGAGGCCCUAGACGAAGUGAAUGUGGAGGCCCUAGACGAAGUGAAUGUGGAGGCCCUAGACGAAGGGAAUGGAGAGGCCCCAGAUGAAGCGAAUGUGGAGGCCCUAGACGAAGGGAAUGGAGAGGCCCCAGAUGAAGCGAAUGUGGAGGCCCUAGACGAAGGGAAUGGAGAGGCCCCAGAUGAAGCGAAUGUGGAGGCCCUAGACGAAGGGAAUGGAGAGGCCCCAGAUGAAGCGAAUGUGGAGGCCCUAGACGAAGGGAAUGGAGAGGCCCUAGACGAGGCGAAUGGGGAGGCUUUAGACGAAGUGAAUGGAGAGGCCUUAGACGAAGUGAAUGGAGAGGCCCUAGACGAAGUGAAUGUGGAGGCCCGAGACGAGGCGAAUGGGGAGGCCUUAGACGAAGUGAAUGGAGAGGCCUUAGACGAAGUGAAUGUGGAGGCCCUAUACGAGGCGAAUGGGGAGGCCCUAGACGAGGCGAAUGGGAAGGCCCUAGACGAGGCGAAUGGGGGGGCCCUAGACGAAGUGAAUGUGGAGGCCCUAGACGAAGGGAAUGGAGAGGCCCUAGACGAAGGGAAUGGAGAGGCCCUAGACGAAGUGAAUGUGGAGGCCCUAGACGAAGUGAAUGUGGAGGCCCUAGACGAAGGGAAUGGAGAGGCCCUAGACGAAGUGAAUGUGGAGGCCCUAGACGAAGUGAAUGUGGAGGCCCUAGACGAAGUGAAUGUGGAGGCCCUAGACGAAGUGAAUGUGGAGGCCCUAGACGAAGGGAAUGGAGAGGCCCUAGACGAAGUGAAUGGGGAGGCCCUAGACGAAGUGAAUGGAGAGGCCUUAGACGAAGUGAAUGGAGAGGCCCUAGAUGAAGUGAAUGUGGAAGCCCUAGACGAAGUGAAUGGAGAGGCCCUAGACGAAGUGAAUGAUGAGGCCCUUAGCAAAGCCAAUUGGGUGGCCCUAAAUGAAAUAGAAAAACAAAAAAUUAAGCCCGACAAAAUUACGCAAUGA